AUUUGAAAUUCCAGAGCCAGAACCUACUGAAGCAGACAAAUUAGCAAUAGAGAAAGGCGAGCAGCCAAUCAGUGCAGACCUUAAAAGAUUUCGCAAGGAAUACGUCCAACCAGUACAACUUAGGGUCUUAAAUGUGUUUCGACACUGGGUUGAACACCAUUUUUAUGACUUUGAAAGAGAUUUGGAAUUGCUUGAAAGACUAGAAUCUUUCAUUUCAAGUGUAAGAGGGAAAGCUAUGAAGAAAUGGGUAGAGUCGAUUGCUAAGAUCAUCAGGAGGAAGAAGCAAGCCCAGGCAAAUGGAAUAAGCCAUAAUAUUACCUUUGAAAGUCCACCUCCACCAAUUGAAUGGUACAUCAGUAGACCAGGACAGUUUGAAACAUUUGAGCUUAUGACACUUCAUCCAAUAGAAAUUGCACGUCAGCUGACACUUUUGGAAUCUGAUCUCUACAGGAAAGUCCAACCUUCUGAACUUGUAGGGAGUGUGUGGACCAAAGAAGAUAAAGAAAUAAAUUCUCCAAAUUUAUUAAAAAUGAUUCGCCAUACAACAAAUCUCACCCUGUGGUUUGAAAAAUGCAUUGUGGAAGCAGAAAAUUUUGAAGAACGGGUGGCAAUACUAAGUAGAAUUAUAGAAAUUCUGCAGGUUUUUCAAGAUUUGAAUAAUUUCAACGGCGUACUGGAGAUAGUCAGCGCAGUAAAUUCAGUGUCAGUGUACAGACUAGACCAUACCUUUGAGGCAUUACAGGAAAGAAAAAGGAGAAUUUUGGAUGAAGCUGUGGAAUUAAGUCAGGAUCACUUUAAAAAAUACCUAGUAAAACUUAAAUCAAUCAAUCCACCUUGUGUGCCUUUUUUUGGAAUAUAUUUAACAAAUAUUCUGAAGACUGAAGAAGGGAAUAAUGAUUUUCUAAAAAAGAAAGGGAAAGAUUUAAUCAAUUUCAGUAAGAGAAGGAAAGUAGCUGAAAUUACUGGAGAAAUUCAGCAGUAUCAGAAUCAGCCUUACUGUUUACGGAUAGAACCAGAAAUGAGGAGAUUCUUUGAAAACCUUAACCCCAUGGGAAGUUUAUCUGAAAAAGAGUUUACAGACUAUUUGUUCAAUAAAUCACUAGAAAUUGAACCCCGAAGCUGCAAACAGCCACCUCGAUUUCCUAGGAAAUCAACUUUCUCCUUAAAAUCUCCUGGAAUAAGGCCUAAUACAGGCCGACAUGGCUCUACCUCAGGUACUCUACGAGGUCAUCCAACACCAUUAGAAAGAGAACCCUAUAAAAUAAGCUUUAGUCGGAUUGCUGAAACUGAGCUUGAAUCAACAGUGUCAGCACCAACAUCUCCAAAUACACCAUCUACUCCACCAGUAUCUGCUUCUUCAGACCUUAGUGUGUUUUUAGAUGGGGAUCUCAGUAGUUCCUGUGGCAGCAAUAGCAUCUUUGCUCCAGUGCUCUUGCCACAUUCAAAGUCUUUCUUCAGUUCAUGUGGUAGUUUAAAUAAACUAAGUGAAGAGCCACUGAUUCCUCCCCCUCUUCCUCCUCGAAAAAAGUUUGAUCAUGAUGCUUCAAAUUCCAAGGGAACUAUGAAAUCAGAUGAUGACCCUCCUGCAAUUCCACCAAGACAGCCUCCACCUCCAAAGGUAAAACCCAGAGUUCCUGUUCCUACUGGUGCGUUUGAUGGGCCUCUGCAUAGUCCACCUCCACCACCACCAAGAGAUCCUCUUCCUGAUACCCCUCCACCAGUUCCACUACGGCCUCCAGAACACUUUAUAAACUGUCCAUUUAAUCUUCAACCACCUCCACUGGGACAUCUUCACAGAGAUCCAGAGUGGUUCAGAGACGUUAGUACGUGUCCAAAUUCUCCAAGCACACCUCCUAGCACACCCUCUCCAAGAAUACCACGUCGAUGCUCUGUGCUCAGUUCUACUCACAACCCUCUUGCUCAUCCUGCAGCUCCCCCUGUUCCACCAAGGCAGAAUUCAAGCCCUCACCUACCAAAACUGCCACCAAAGACUUACAAACGGGAGCUUUCACACCCCCCAUUAUAUAGACUGCCUUUGCUAGAAAAUGCAGAAACGCCUCAAUGACCAUUGCCAUAUAUAGUCAUUGACACUGGAAUAGUAUUUGUAAAGGUUUUUUUAAAUUAUUCAAAAAAGGCAUAGUAUUUUAGUACUUUUUACAAAUAAUCCUUUACAAAAAUGCUACUGAUCAAAUAAGCUUUUAAGAAUUGGAAAAAUAAAAAUACAGAAGUCCUUCACCAUUACCCUCAGGUGAUCAGUAGCAUUGCCUUGUCUUGGAUCCUCAGUGCUGCCAAAAGGCCAGUAUAAUGAAUUGAUAUUUGCACUGUAGAAUGCUAAAAUAUGGCUUAAAGUGAUACUGAUUGCACUGAAAAGGGAUAGUGCUUUUGUGGAAUUUUUCAAAUUCAAGUAAUAGAUGCCUUUUUAAGGCAAUGAAUUUACACAAAUUUAGAGGGUGUAUUACGGUGUUACUGGUUUUUAAACCUUUUUGACCAUCUUCUAGUUUUUACAUCUAGGAGAAUUGUGAAUAAUACCCACUGUUCUUAAACUCUUUAAUGCCAUGUCUUAAAUGCCAGUAUUUGCUGCUGAAGACAAAAAGGAAAAAUGGAAUGGAAAUAAUAGAAUGAACUGUGUUUAUUAUUUUGUCAAAAUGUAAACAAAGAUUACAUAACCCAAUUAUAACAGAGAAAAGGGCAUGUAUCUCACUCAGAUGUGCCUUUUGUUUUUGCAGAGAUGGUGUUUUUAGCUAAUGAGUUGCCUAUUGUUUUGGAAAACAAAUAUGCCAUGAUGUACAGUUUUGUUUAUAUUGUAUAUUUAAAGAUAAUGCUAAUAACCUAUAUAAAUUUAAGUGACUUGAGGACUAUUAUACAAUCUGCUACUUUACUAAUUCAUAAAUUCAAAAGAAAAGUUUCUUAUGGCAGAGGAACCAACUUGGCUUGUCUUCAAAAUCUAGUAACUUUUUCUCUAAAUCUCAUGUUAACUGAAAUUUUUAAAACAAUAUUUUUGUUAGAUUGGUAAUAUUUAAACCAGCAAAUAGUUAAAGCUUUAUUAAACUUUUUAAUCUGAGAAGUGAGUAAAACUUUUAUUUGCCAUUUGGACCGUUUAGUUCAAAGUGAUGAAAGUAUGUUCACGCUGAUAGUGCAGUAGCAGCAGUUGUAAAGUAGCCAAAAGCCACGUUGUUUAUUUACUGGUCUGUGGCCUUUUACUGUGCUUUGUAUCAGAGUUCUUAACAAGAUUAAUAAAUCACCUCAGUCUUAAUUUUUAAAAGGCCUUUAAAA